AUGGUCUCGUUAAACUUCAUCACUGGCUUUGUUGCCCUCAUCUCCCUCCGCGCCGUCAACGCCGGAGCAUGUCGCCCCAAGUCCAGCUCAACACUGCUGCCUGUAUCUGAUACCACUCUCAUUGCUUCCGAGACCUCAGUACAGACUCUAGCUGAGACAUCUUCCGUCACAAUUGAUGAAACAUCUGUUCCCUUCACCACAAUCGACUCUACAAUCGCCGUCACAACUGCCGAGACAACAAUCGAGACCUCUUUCGCAACCGAGGACGAUGCAACUACCACUGUGGAAAGCUCGGCAGUUACCGACUUCACUACCGACAUCACCACUUUUAUCACUCUCACGGCAGACACCACAACGGAGAUUGCUUCAACUGCCACUCCUUUUGUUCCCGCCGAUCUCUUCCCAUGCUCGCAGGAUACGGACUGCGAAAGUGUCACGUUUUGCGAUACCACACGAUGCGGUUGUGUUAACGGUUUCUGCGAGCUGCUCGAAGUCGAGAUCGAGGUGCCGGUGCGGAGGAUCUUCUAG